GGCUGCUCAUGCGGAUGAAUGCACUCUCCGCAUCUGUGAGUCACAGUUGCACACAGACUCUGAUGGCCACACAUCGAAUCCAUUGCCAUGACUGUCGGCAAUACCAUCACAGCCACACCGGCCCUAUGGUACAGGCCAAGCACGGCACACAAAUGAAUCAAAUAUUCAACACCAUUGCAAGACCGAAUAAAAACAACUCACAGCCUUCUUUUGUAUCACUGCAUAGACACCAGGGCCUCACGAAUACAGUGGCCUCAUACCUCGCUCAUUUCGCCUAGAAAACAAUGACGCAACAAGCAGAGAGGCGCUCACAGUCUCCUGCGCUCCUCUCGCCACUCUAUCACUCACCUGCACCUGCCACACCUCCAUCUCGUCGCACGUGAAGUCCAGGGACUGCGCCAAUGUGCCUUUGUAGUAGCUGUACCCCCCGCUGUAGCCCUCCGCCAGCUCAUCCCUGCUGAUCCACAGCUGGCAGCUGCUGAGGUCGGCCGCCGGACCAUGCCGAGCCAACCCCAACCAGAGGACUCCAGCAGGACUGCAACCGAUGCGGGCAUUUGAACUCCAGUCCAUAUUGUUGGCCUGUGCCGCCCCCUGUGCCCCGGCCACCUUCACCAUCUGACUCUCCUCGGGCAGCUCGAUCUUGAUCGGCGUCUCGUACGCACCCGACAGCGAAAAGAAGAAGAGCGGCGCCUUGUAGAGGUUGGUCUGCGUGGGGUCGUCUGGUGGAGCGAGUGGGCCGUCGAUGAAGCACCCGAAUCGGUGUGUGUCGCCAUCUCGGAGGGCGAAGAGGAGGCCGCUCUUGCCGGUCACCUUGUUAAUGAAGGAGGAGUACCCAAGCGUGUCACGACUCGACCUGAUCACGACACACACCGGGGAAGUGUGUGUCUGUCGGCGUGCGGUUAUUUGUGCCCGGGUGCGUGGUUCGAUCACUUGUAGAUGAGUGUGGCUGUGGGUGAGUGUUUGCCGGUCAUGUCGAUGACUUUGCCCCACUCCUCGGCCGACUUGGCGAUGAAGUUGUGGCCGCCCCCCGCCAGGCCGCUGCAGGAGGGCUCGUGCUUCAGCCCAUACAUCUCGGUGUCGACGCGAAGCUGCUUGGCGUUGGUCGAUGUGGGCGGCUUGACGAUGCUGCCGGGCGGUGCGAUGCGCUGGCGACGGGCGAAGUCGACGACCUUCAUGAGAUGGUCAGGGCGGAUGGAACUCACAGGCGCACCGCUGCAGACACAAGAGAAGGGUGUAUCCACGAUGAUGAGCUGUGUCGUCUUGGUGUUGUGUUGCUUGCCUAUGAAGUGUCCUGUAGAGUCGUUUGUCGCUGCCGAUGGAUGACAGUGUGGCCUCGGUGGUCGACACCGUCUUGCCCAGGACGCGCACGCUCUUGAUCUCGUCAUCUCCAGCUGCCGACUUGAAGAAUGGCCCGAUGGCCCUGUGGAAUCUCUUGAGCUCCCUCUCAGCUUCGACGAGGUCGGCCAUGGCCGCCUCGACGUCUGACGCGCUCGCCUUGAUGAUGUCGAUGGGGUCUUUGCCGUUGGUUGCUGCCUCGCACGCGCCGGUCUCCCUUGUAAGAUGGCUGCCGAGUGUCGUCUUUGUGUCGAAGAGUAGCUCGUGCCAGAAGAGCGACGAGCUGUCGGUGCUGUGGUCACCCGUCAGGACGAUCUCAUGGCUCUCGCCCUGCGCAUCCGCCACGCCGACGUUGGCGAUCUCGUCACGCAGCCUGACGUCAACAGAUACGACAGACCGCAUUGUUUGUGAGUUUCGUCAACCCUCCUCCCCCCACUCUCGACUUACCACUCCAUAUAGACUGGGUCAGCAUCGAGGAAUGGGCGGCCGUCUGUGUCCUUCGGCAGCCCAUCCAGAUGGUGCAGCAGCAGAUAGGCGAUGAGGCUCUCACUCACGCCGGGCAGCAGCAGCGGCUUGCGAGGCACACACAGCACCGUCCCGCCCACGUUGAUCUCGAUCUCGCCAUCGAGCGGCCCAAUAGGAUGCAGCUGCCCUCCAUUGCUCGCGAUGAGUCGAUUGACGAUGUGGGACUGCUUCUCCAGCUCAUCCAACAUCCGCUUGGUGGCAGCGAAGCCAUUCAUGCUUGCCAGCGAUGCAAGAUGAUCCGAAGGGACCACGGACGAGCCGCUGGAAGGGCUGGAGCCGCUUGAAAAGAGUGCCCUGAUGGUCUGUUCUUGCUCAGCCAGCCUUGUUCUCAGACACUCCAGCUGGUCUUUGAGUGUCUUGAUGGUGCGCUCAGCAUCGGCCAGCUGUCGUUGCAUGGCCGCCUUGUCAGCUCGUGCACUGACCAGCUGCUCCAUCGUCUCUUUGUCGACACUUUGUUGGUCAGUCAGCUCCUCUCGCUGCUUGUGGUCCUCGCGCGGCCGAGCCUGAAGUGCACUGAUGGUCCCUCGAGCAUCCGUCAGCUCUGCCUCAGCACACAUAGCCGUGAUAGUGCCGCCAUGCCGCGAUGCACCUUCGGUUGCGGCCCGCCAUCCGUUGGUUCUGCGACCCGCCUGAAGCUGCCAGUGGGAUGCAGCGAGUGUCUUCCAUGCGUGUCGUGCGUCGGCCGACAGGCGGAUGGGAUGCGGCGGGCGAGUCGCCGGGCGGGCGAGAGUUGCUGUGAGAGAUGGCGAGGGAGGGCGAACCAGGGCAUUGAUCUAUGAAUCAAUCCACUAAUUGAACACACAAAGCAGACGUGAAGCACAGAGAGAGAAGAUGCCCCUGGUGGAGCGGUGGACGCCACCGACGAGCUGAGUCCGCACAAUCACGACAGUGUCUUCUUCUGCUGCUGCCGUCACGCUGCAAGAAGGGCUGGGUGGCGGGCCAGACGGACCCAUGCAGGUCUUGGAGGGGGAGAUCUACGCUAAAAUCAGAUGGCUCAGCUCUCCCAUGGAGUCCCUGCCCUGCUUUGGAUGAAAUUAG